CAAAUUAAACAAUUAUGAAAAAAAGAAAAAUGAAAAAGAUAAUGCAGAGUGCCGAUAUGAAUGCAUAUUCCGCCAUCACAACAACGCGCGCGCACGGAAGCUGAUCGACAAUGGACCGCGCUGCACCACUUUCGUCAAGGCAGAGGAGAGUCCUGGUGCAGCUAGUGGAGGGAAGGCCUGUCCUUCAAGAUAGGUCAACCAGCACUGCGGUCCAGCACAAGAAGAACUUGGCGUGGGAUGAGAUCGCCAAAAACUUCAACGCCAUGCACCCUGAUCUGGAGCCGCGAUCAGUUCAACAAUUGAAAAGAAGUUUCAACCGCAUCAAAUUGAAUUUACUUUCCCUGGUGGCCCCAGAACUCAACAUGGGCGAGGAUGACUUUGACACUCUUGCCAUUCAAGAUGGGCAUCCAGUGGAUGAAGCAGGCACUCCCAUCAUGGAUGUUACUCUCAACCAGAGAGGAGCACGACCAACAGAUGAAACUGUAUCAGUUUCACAGGGAGGUGUUGCAGCGGCAGCUAGAUGUCUUCACGGAGACUUGCCAUCAUAUCCGUGA